AUGUUCACUCGCAGCUGCCCCGAUAUGGGCACAAUUGGCGCCUUGAUUCUGGUGUUGUUCAGGAAGUCCUUGAUCUGCUUGUACUGCUCAAACGACUGCUCCUUCGUAAUCAGGUCUAUUUUGUUCUGGAGAACCACGAUGUUAGUCAGGUCCAUUAUUUCUAGGGCAAACAGGUGCUCCACUGUCUGUGGCUGUGGACAUGGCUCAUUUGCUGCAAUCAGAAGACAGGCCCCGUCCAUGAUGGCCGUUCCAUUGAGCAUCGUGGCCAUGAGAAUGUCGUGUCCUGGACAGUCUACGAAUGAAAUGUGUCUCACGAGUNCCGAUAUGGGCACAAUUGGCGCCUUGAUUCUGGUGUUGUUCAGGAAGUCCUUGAUCUGCUUGUACUGCUCAAACGACUGCUCCUUCGUAAUCAGGUCUAUUUUGUUCUGGAGAACCACGAUGUUAGUCAGGUCCAUUAUUUCUAGGGCAAACAGGUGCUCCACUGUCUGUGGCUGUGGACAUGGCUCAUUUGCUGCAAUCAGAAGACAGGCCCCGUCCAUGAUGGCCGUUCCAUUGAGCAUCGUGGCCAUGAGAAUGUCGUGUCCUGGACAGUCUACGAAUGAAAUGUGUCUCACGAGUAGGGCAACCCGGAAAAGUAAACAAAGGCAAAUAACACCAGCUAGCAAACAUGACACCAUAAAACACUUGUAG